CCACUUUCCUGCUGCCGCGAACUUUGACGAGAUGUCUUUCCUGUCGCGUAUUUGGCGUACACUCAGCGGACGCGCCUAUCUCGUGGGCCGAGACCUCGAAGGCAACCGAUAUUACGAGUAUCCUAGUACUUCUGAAGAUGCGCGCAGAACGAAGCGGGUCGUGAAGUAUGUCGGGCUUCGGAUGGAGCAGCCCGCAGAGGCAGCCAUGAGAGCAAGGACCCUUCCGGUGCAAUGGACAACGUGGUUAUCCCAUACACGGCCGAACCCUCCAACAAUCGAGGAACUCGAAGCGGACGUCGCUAGACAGAGGCGUGUCCUCGCGAGGGUAGCAUUUAUUGAGGAACGAGAACGAGAACGCAGGGCUCGUAUGGCCUUGCAGGCGCCUGCUGAACCUGGCCAGGAAAAUCCGAAUAUGACAUUCGAGCGUGCUCAGCCUCUUCAACAGAUCAAUUCAGCGCCUGGCAGCCAUGCAGAAAAAACACCAGAGCCCAAACCUGAACCGACGGGAAGGCCAGUCGAGCCUGAGCCAAUACCAGUCUAUUCGGACGAACCCCAAGCUUGGAUCCCACAGGCUCCUCGCAGACGGGGCGAGUAACUGAGGCUAACUACUUCGGCUUCGUCUAGACUCCUCGCAAUGUACUGCGUGCGGGAUGUAGCUACUGACCGCUACGUCUUCCCGAGUCCACGUCACCCAUGUAGCACCUCCUGGCUAACAACGAAUGUCAUAACCCCCGCUUUCUUUUCCUAGCACUUUAUACAUGCAACUGCCAUUUGGUUUCUCCUUGCUAUCACA